AUGAUCAAGCUCGAAGGGAUCCCCUUGUCACGGUCACCUGAGUUCUGUCUUGCUGCUGCUUUUGCGGUUGCUCUUCGAUCUCGAAAUGAAAGGCUUCCCGCUUUGCUCUCCUCAAUUUCGUUUACGGAAGUACUACCAACGACGUCACAAAUUCGCCCAUCUGGACGGUCAUCUCGGGGUUCUGAUUUGUCGUCAGACGUGUUCUCCACGAACUGGUCAACUCUUUACCGUUCUGAAGAAGUAGGAGCCGUGAGCAAUGAUGGUGAAGCGCAAGCACUCGCUGAAACCAGGAAUGUUUCUAGUCAGUGUUAUCCACUCUUGACUUCUGCAGUUGUCAACCAUUACACUGGGGUUGAAAAAACAGAGAAUGAAAUCUCCGAUUUGGCUGGCGACUUGAAUAUAAUAAAUGAAGAAGCAGAUAGACAGUCAGGUCUCACUUGUUCUGCACCAAAAAGCAGGCCAUCGUCACCGGUACGAUCGCGGAACCGAUAUGGUCAGGGUGCUCGACUUAAAGUGAGCCGCUCACAUUCCAACUCUGCAGCGAACGUGCCUUCUGUUCUUUCGACCAUGUCUUUCCGUUCUCAAGCGUCGAUGAAAAGCAAGGAAUUUUGGGAGCAAAUGUGUGCCUUGCAAUUGCACUCGAUACGAACAGUGCUUGAUUCAACAUUUUCCCGAUCCGCAAUAGCUGCACAUGCUUUGGAGAGCUGGAAAAUUCUUACCAAGACGUACUCUUCCUUGAGGAGCCGUCCUGUUGAAUUACAAGCUAGUAUUCAGCUCUACGCAGUUAGUGCAACGAAACUACUGGAAUUCUUGAUAGUACGUGGCUACGGUGAGGUGUCCACCCUAAUGAAUGAGUUCAUAACCGGAGUUUUCAGCAGCUACCUGAGAAAACCUAAGAACCUGUGCGAAUUAAGUCAGGGAUGGGUUCAGAGCAGGGAGGUUCUCCGUACAGUUUGCCAAACGCCCACAAACAUUGACGUUCUUCUUGCGUUGAUGGCAACUGUCGCUGAAGUGAAACUAAGGUUCCUUAACAAGAUGACAUGUAAUGUCAUAGAUCGGGAUACUGAUUUUGUCGCUUAUGCUGUUGAACAGAUGAGUGAUCUUGAAAAUUGCAUCAGUCACCGUGUACAGCAAUGUCGGCAAAGCAGUGAGGUCCCACGGAGCCGAAUGGGUGCGCCUGCCCCAGAAAUCGAUAAAAGGAGGUGA